AUGCCGGCCAUUGGACAGGAGAAGUUAGAGGUUCACAAGUGCUUUAGCAUCCUGCGCACCUCCGCGGAGAUGAUGUCAGACAGAAAGUACAAGGUGGCCCAAAACGUCGUUCCAAGCUCGCUGGACGAGUUCAUCGAGCGCUACGUCGAGACGGUGAGCGUCUCAGAGGAUACGGCUGCAGCUGCUUCUGCCGACCCCGCAGCCACCGUCACGCGCCGCGAUAAGAGGGUGAUCCGUCGCGACAAGAUGACGCUGGCGUGCGAGCGGGAGGUGGGCGAGGGCAGUGUGCUGAAGGCGGUCAUCUACUUUUGCCCGCCAAACCACCUGUCGUCGGAGGUGGUGAAGAAGAUUGCGGAGGACGCGUUGAAUGAAAGCUACCAGCGCGUUAUCUUUGUCAGCCCGUCAAAGCCGAACCCGAUUGUGCGGAAGACGAUGGACACGUACAACCGCAGCGAACAGGACCUGCGCUUUGAGCUGUUUGAGGAAGACGAGCUCUCCGUGAACAUCACGCAUCACGAGCUCGUGCCGAAGCACACGCCGCUCUCCGAGGAGGAGUUGAAGGAGGUCUUGCACGCCCAUGCACUCGAGUUGGUGCAGCUGCCACGCAUCUUGUCGACGGACCCUGUAGCGCGCUACUACGGCCUGGAGCGUGGCCAGGUUGUUCGCAUCGAGCGCAAGAGUAUGUCCGCCGGUCUCUACGCGACCUACAGGCAAGUUGUGUAA